CGAGCUGUCCCGUUAAGUGAAGGAGCAAGGCCAUGGCGGUGAGCGCCAGGAGGCUGCUGGCCGCGCUGCUGGCGGUCGCCGCAGCUGCCUCCUCGCGGGCCGCAGAGGACGCUGCCGCACACGCUGCGCGGCCGAGCUCCCGUGGGCUCCUGACCUCGAUCUCGGCCCGGCCCCCAACCUAAGCCAGGACCUGGGCGCUGCCGCCCUGAACGACCUGCGCUUCUUUGGGGCCCUGCUGCGCCGUGCCGCCUGCCUGCGCCGCUGCCUCGGGCCGCCCGCUGCCCACUUGCUGAGCGAAGAGCUGGACCUGGAGUUCAACAAGAGGAGUCCCUACAACUACCUGCAAGUCGCCUACUUCAAGAUAAACAAGCUAGAGAAAGCUGUGGCAGCAGCGCACACCUUCUUUGUGGGCAAUCCUGAACACAUGGAGAUGCGGCAGAACCUCGACUAUUACCAAACCAUGUCUGGGGUAAAGGAGGCAGACUUCAAGGAUCUCGAAGCCAAGCCCCAUAUGCAUGAGUUUCGGCUAGGAGUUCGACUCUACUCGGAGGAGAAGCCACAGGAAGCUGUGCCCCACCUAGAGGCAGCCUUGCAAGAGUACUUUGUGGCUGAUGAGGAAUGCCGUGCCCUCUGCGAAGGGCCCUAUGACUAUGAUGGCUACAACUACCUAGACUACAGUGCUGACCUCUUCCAGGCCAUCACAGACCAUUACGUCCAGGUCCUCAGCUGUAAGCAGAGCUGUGUCACCCAGCUGGCUUCCCACCCAAGUCGAGAAAAGCCUUUUGAAGACUUCCUCCCUUCACAUUAUAAUUAUCUACAAUUUGCCUACUAUAACAUUGGAAACUAUACGCAGGCUAUUGAAUGCGCCAAGACCUACCUCCUCUUCUUCCCCAAUGAUGAGGUGAUGAGCCAGAAUCUGGCCUACUAUACAGCCAUUCUUGGAGAAGAAGAAGCCAGCUCCAUCAGGCCCCGGGAGAAUGCCCAAGAUUACCGACAGCGAAGCCUGCUGGAAAAAGAACUGCUCUUCUUCGCUUACGACAUUUUUGGAAUUCCUUUUGUGGAUCCGGACUCAUGGACUCCGGAAGAGGUGAUUCCCAAGAGACUGCAAGAGAAACAGAAGUCAGAACGAGAAACCGCAGUCCGCAUCUCCCAGGAGAUCGGCAACCUUAUGAAGGAGAUUGAAACCCUCGUGGAGGAGAAGACCAAAGAGUCAUUGGAUGUGAGCAGACUGACACGGGAAGGUGCUAGGACUUCCUCCACGUCCAACACACCAAGGAACUGCCAUCCAGACAGCCCUGACCUUAGCCUUUCGCUAAGAAGUGGCCCCUUGCUGUAUGAAGGCAUCAGUCUCACUAUGAACUCCAAAGUCUUGAACGGCUCCCAGCGGGUGGUGAUAGAUGGUGUGAUCUCUGAUGAGGAGUGCCAGGAGCUGCAAAGACUGACCAAUGCAGCAGCAACUUCAGGAGAUGGCUACCGAGGUCAGACCUCUCCACAUACCCCAAAUGAAAAGUUCUAUGGUGUCACUGUCCUCAAAGCUCUCAAGCUUGGGCAGGAAGGGAAAGUCCCUCUGCAGAGUGCCCACAUGUACUACAAUGUGACAGAGAAGGUUCGGCGUGUCAUGGAGUCCUACUUCCGCCUGGACACACCGCUCUACUUCUCCUAUUCCCACCUGGUGUGCCGCACUGCAAUAGAAGAGUCACAGGCUGAGAGGAAGGACAGUAGCCACCCAGUCCAUGUGGAUAACUGCAUCCUGAAUGCCGAGACCCUCGUGUGCAUCAAGGAGCCUCCUGCCUACACUUUCCGGGACUAUAGUGCCAUCCUUUACCUCAAUGGGGACUUUGAUGGAGGAAACUUUUACUUCACUGAACUAGACGCCAAGACUGUGACAGCAGAGGUGCAGCCCCAGUGUGGAAGGGCUGUGGGAUUCUCUUCCGGUACUGAGAACCCACACGGAGUGAAGGCUGUCACCAGGGGGCAGCGCUGUGCCAUCGCCCUGUGGUUCACGCUGGAUCCUCGACACAGUGAGCGAGACAGGGUGCAGGCGGAUGACCUGGUGAAGAUGCUGUUCAGCCCAGAAGAGGUGGACUUCUCCCAGAAGCAGCCCCUGCAUGACCAACAGGGCUCACCAAAACCUGGAGAAGAGUCUCUGUCAGACAGGGAGUCUCAGCACAAAGAUGAGCUAUGACAGCAGUGAGGUCACACAUGGGUUUCAUUGGACCCAGGGAACUCUGCCCUGCAGCCAGGCCUUCCCAGCCUCUCAAGGCUGCAGAGUGAGGGGUACUUUUGUCCGCUAACCUGCCAAAGGAUCCUACCCACAGCCUUCCCCAUGGUGCUACUGUUCUUAGAGUGGACACGGCAGGACACCACUCUUCUCUGGGCUUGGCUAAAGGCUCAGGAUGCAGGCCCAGAACCACCCUGCGGCCUGUAUAGGCAGCUGCCUGACAGCAGCAUGAUAUUUAAGUGUCUGUAUAGACAACCAAAGAAUAAAUGACUCGUGGUUUUUCAUUUA